AUGUCGUCUUUCUCCACGUCGUCCUCCAGGUACCGCUUCCAGAACCAGUGCUGGCGCCAGACCCGAUCGGCCAUCUCCUCGAUGGGCACGUUCUUGGUCUCCGGGAGGAAGAAGAGGACGAAGGUGGACAUGACGACGACCCAGCCGGAGAAGAAUACGAAGAUGCCGAACUUGAAGUGGCACAGCAUGGAGAGGAAGGCCUGCGCGAUGACGAAGGUGAAGAGCAGGUUCACGCAGACCGUCACGCUCUGCCCCGCCGACCGGGUCUCGAGCGGGAAGGUCUCGCUGGGGAUGAGCCACCCCAGCGGGCCCCAAGACCAGGCGAAGGACGAUACGAAGGUGCAGACCAUCACCACCACCAGCACCGCCCACCCCUUGCCGAGGUCAUUCCUCACGUCUGUCACCUUCACCCCCAGCACCACCGCGAUCACCACCUGGGAGAGGAACAUCUGCACGCCGGCCUCGAGGAGCAGCGCCCGCCGGCCGACCUUGUCGACGGAGUAGAUGGAGACGACCGUGGAGAGGACGUUCACGGCGCCGGUGAUGACGGCGGAGUACAGGGAGGCGUCGCUCUUGAAUCCCAGCGUGUUGAAUAGCACGGGGGCGUAGAACAUGAUGGCGUUGAUGCCCGUCAACUGCUGGAAGAUCUGCAGGAGUGUGGCGAUGACGAGCGGUGGCCGGUUGCGGCGGCGCAGCAGGUUCCGGAACGGGUGCUUCACCUGCUGGGCGGCGCGACUGGCCUCAAGGAUCUCCUCGAAUUCGGGUUCCACAUUCGUGAUGCCGCGAAUACGGCGGAGCACUGCUUUCCCUUCCUCCAGCCGGCCCCUCUCGAUGAGACUGUUGGGGGUCUCCGUGACGAGCAGAGAGCCCACCGUGAGGAGCAGCGCCGGCACCCCCGCAAGGCCCAGCGACAGCCGCCAACCCCACCCGCCGCGGAUCCUGCGCUCUCGCCCAUUUUCCUCCAUCACCACCUCAAACCAGAGAUGAGCAAACAGUCGUCCGAACUGAGGUUUGUGGACUUACUUGGCGGUGCCAUAGUUGACAAGGCUGGCGAAGAGGAUGCCGAUGGUGACGUUGAGCUGGAACAGGAUGUUGAGCCCUCCACGGAUCCUAGUGGGCGCGACCUCCGACAGAAAUAG